GAAGAGAUAGGUCUACAGUGGCCAUGACCCAUGAAGUCCAAAGACAAGCCACAGAUCGUUUUGAUCCCUUAUCCGGCACAGGGCCACAUAACACCCAUUAUCCAGUUAGCUGCUUCUUUUCAUAUCCACGGUUUUCAACCGUUGAUCAUCAUCCCAGAUUUCAUCCAUGAUCGUAUCGUUGCCUCGAGAACGAACAGCGACGAUGGGCUAGUUUUUCUUCCCAUCCCCGACGGGUUGGCAGAGGGCGAGCCACGCAACUUCUUCACCAUCAGUUUCGCCAUGGAGAACAACAUGCCGUGCCAUCUCGACCGUGUACUUGCCAUGUUGCACGAAGAAGGAGGGGGACGUGUCGCUUGCGUGGUCGUUGAUUUGUUAGCCUCGUGGGCCAUCGACGUUGCAAGCCGCCAUGGAAUUCCAGUGGCUGGAUUUUGGCCAGCCAUGCUUGCUACUUACAACCUCAUCGCAGCCAUUCCCGACAUGAUCCGGACCGGUCUCCUCUCCGAAAAUGGAUCUCCUCUCCUUAAAGGUGUGGUCCGGUUUUUGCCGGGUCAACCCAUGCUCAGCACCGAAGAUCUACCCUGGUUAGUUGGCAAUCCAGCCCAAAAGAGAUCAAGGUUCCAGUUCUGGCUGCAGACCCUCCAACGGUCCAGAUCUCUUCCAUGGCUCCUCGUCAAUUCCUUCCCUGACGAAGAUUGUAAUCAACAACAACAUCUCCCAUCAAGAUCAGUGCAUCGCCACCGUCCAUCUAUACUCCAAGUGGGCCCACUCACAAGGCACACCAGGAGCAACCCCAGCUUAUGGGAGGAAGACAUGAGCUGCUUAGAUUGGCUCAGGAAACAGAAGCCUCGGUCAGUGGUCUACGUGUCAUUUGGAAGCUGGGUGGGCCCGAUUGGGGAGGCCAAGAUUGCUGAGCUGGCUCUCGGGCUCGAGGCCACACAGAGGCCGUUCAUCUGGGUGUUGGGGCCCGAAUGGCGGGCCGGGCUCCCGAGCGGGUACUUGGAUCGGGUGGCCAUGCAUGGUAAGGUGAUUACAUGGGCCCCACAGAAGGAGGUCCUGCGGCACGAGACCGUCGGAUGCUACCUCACGCAUUGCGGGUGGAAUUCAACGGUGGAGGCCGUCGAGGGAGGGAAGCCGUUGCUGUGCUAUCCUGUGUCCGGCGAUCAGUUUGUGAACUCAACGUACAUCGUAGACGUGUGGGGCAUUGGGGUGAAAGUGGGUGGGCCAGGGCGACGGGCGGUCGAGGAAGGCAUUAAGAAGGUGAUGGAGGAUGAUGGAGAGAUGAUGAGGAGGGUGAUGGAAUUGAAGGACAGGAUCAUGGGAGAGGAGGGUGAUUCAAGAGCUGUGGCCACUCUCACUGCUUUCUUGGAUGGCCUAAAAACAAUCUCUUUGGAUGCUGGGGAUUGCAUCUCUUCGUGUGUUAGCUCUUUGUAGUGUGAGUGUGGGUAGGUGAGGAACUGAAUUGUGGCACACGUGUACAAGAUCUGACCGUUAGUCAUGUGGGUCCCACCGCGGGUAUGCAGUGAUUCCAAGUUCAGGCUGGCCCACUUGUUGGUUGGACCAGAUGAGCGCUCGAACGUAAGUCAGGGUGGCCCACCUAAUGGGUGGACCCACUUGAUUUUGGGCCAGGGUAUGUUGACUGAAGGUCCACGUGUGUGAUGGACUUUCCGUGGCAAAUGUGUAUGAUGUAACCGUUAAAUGAAUGGACUUUUUUCGCAAUGAAUGCUAGCCGUU